GAAAGUGUGGAGAACACUUCACUAGACUAUAGCCUGGCACUCGAUGGUCAUGCACCUUGUCUCCUCUUUGUUACAGUUCUUGUGAAGUGAAGGAACUUUGGCUGGAUACACUUGUGUGGCAGAUAAGAGAAGUUGGUGGGAUUGAGGGUACUACUGCCCCCUGUGCAGGAUUACUAAUGAAGGUUCUCACAGGCUGCAAUGCUUCUAAAGCUCUGGCUGCCAACAACAUGGAUACCUUAAUCGACUGUCAUACAGAAGCAGAUGCCAAGAAGUACCAAUUAUUGGCAGACGUGAUCGGUGAGGGGGGCUUCUACCAUGCCAUCGAAAGCCCCAAGAAGAGAAAAGCAGUCAUCUCCUGGCCCUUUACAUUAAGACGAAGCUCAAACCUCUCAGAGUCUUCAAGUCCACCAGAACUAAAGACCACCUUAUUUGACCAACCACUAUCCAUUAUCUGUGAGGAGGACAACCUUCCCAAAGCAAUACUUGACAUAUUAACUAUCCUGAGAGUGCAAGGUCCACAGACGGAAGGCAUUUUUCGCAAAGCUGCCAAUGAGCGAGCUCGCAAGGAACUCAAGGAUGACCUGAACUAUGGAAGGGACUUGGACUUGAAAAGCAAAUCUGUGCACCUAUUGGCUGUUGUAUUUAAGGAUUUCUUAAGAGGGAUCCCAAACCAGCUGCUGUCAUCUGAACUUUACAGCAAGUGGAUGUCUUCAUUGGAGAAGCCAAGGUUGGAAGAGAAAAUUGAGGAAAUGAAAAGUGCUGCAGAGAAACUACCAAAACCAAAUUUUAUUUUGCUACGACACUUGAUAUGUGUUCUCCAUCAUAUUAGUAAAGCUUCAGAUAUAAACAAGAUGGACGCCAGAAACUUAGCACUUUGCAUUGCUCCAACCAUGCUCAUCCCUCAGGUUGAUAAUAACCUUCCCCUUGAAACUCAAAAGGAGCUGAACGAAAAGGUCACAUUGCUGGUUGAGUUCUUCAUAGAUCACUGCUCUGAAUUGUUUGGUGAAGACAUAUCACAAUUAAUCAGCAAUUUGGAACAGGAAUCUCUAGAAAACAUCAAAAGUCCAGAAUUGUCUUUUCUUCCGAAUGACUCUGCUUAUGACAGCACUGACCCAGACCAUGAGUGUAAUGCAGGUACUUUCACCAGAUACCAAACUGAGCAGCAAAGAUCCAGAGGAGGUGAAAAGGAGCAGGACACAAUAUACCAUGAUAUGAUUCUUUCAAAUUUGCCUAUAACCCACUUUAGAAAUGAGGUCAACAACAUGGACAGAAGAUGCUCGGAACCAUUUAUUUUUCCUUCACAGCAUGAUAAGCCAAUAGCUGAAAAGAAGCUAACCAGAAGUCAUGAUGAUGUUGCAAUCAGGAAACAAUGUCUACAGUGUAAUAAUGAUAAGCUGCCUACUACUUCCCCCGAGAAAUACUGUGAUCGAGCUUUGUAUAGGAAGAAUAUGCCAAAGGGUCUGAAAAUUAAUACCAACUAUGACCCAAAUAUCAUUGAUGACGUUUUAGUCAGUGCAUCCUCAAGCUGCUCUCUUGACAGCUCUUUCUCAGACUGUUCAGUUUUUACUAGCUCUCCACUUGUAUCCCCCUUAAGUCCAAAUAAAAAAGAUUUGCCAAGGCAAAAUUCUUUAUAUGUAAAAUGCGGUGUCAUGAAUGAUAUGAUCAAAGUUGGACAAGAAAUGAAGAAGCACUCAAAUUCUUUUUGUUAUGCAAAACACAAAAAAAUGGUAACGAAAACACAAAGCUGGGGUCCUGACAGAGAUAAUGGUGGUGGAUUACAACGAAAUGGAUUCAGCCAAAGUUUUCGUGACAGGAACCAAACUGAGAGUGAUGGUUUUAGGGGCAAGGCUUCCCAACAUCCACAAGUUGUUAGAAUAAAACCUAAAUCUGCCAGGAAAUUAUCUGUAGAUGAAGUGUUCAGAAUGGUAGACCAACGAAAUCCUGGGAAGCCUCCCUCAUAUGAAGACUCAGUCCAUAAAAAUGGAACCCCUUACAGUCAUAGCAUAACUGUGCAAACCAUGAGAGACAGUGUAUCAAGUAUUGACUGCUUUACACCUAUUGGACCUUCCACAGACUCCAUUCAUGAAGAGAACAUUUCUCUUAAUGACAAUAGACCCAAUUCUGUUACUGAUGUAAAGAUGGACAAUACUUGUGAACAAAUUCUGCCAAAUUGCCAGCCUGAGAGAACAAAAUCAGGACUUGCUAGAACCAAACCUGAAUCCAGUCAGAGGAACAAGCACGAAUGUAUAAAUCGAAGAUGCAGUCAGCCAAUCUUUGAGAUUUAUGAUCAGAUACAGUAUGCUAAGGAAUCCUAUGUUUGAGCGAGCACAUUGGUUUAUUGUAAAUACUGUAAUAUAGCACGUAGAACUUUUUAUUAAUGUGGCACUUCUUUGUGUUUUUGAGUGGGGUGUCUGAUAACUAAGUUGACACUAGAGAUCUGUUGCUCACAAUAUUACUGAUUUGCUUAUCUAACAUUGGGAGAAGAAAUCUUGGUCAAAAGGCUAUUUCCAUGUGUUCAUUAAAGAACAAGGAGAACUAAAAUGAUGUAAAUGUGGCUUAUUACUUCAUUCACUUUUGUAACUAUGUUCUCAAACUAAGGUA